AUGGUCGAUCCAAUCAAAGGUGGUAAAGUAAUCAAUUGGGACGCAAUGGAAAGAGUUUGGGGCUAUACAUUCAAUGAGCUACACGUAAAUUCAAGUCAAUGCAACGUUCAUUUAACUGAAAUGCCAUUUUCCCCUAAUAUUGAUAGAGAAAAAAAGGCCGAGAUAAUGUUUGAAAAGUUUGAUGUUCAAAAUAUGUAUAUCUCUUUGGAUGCAGCUUUAUCUUUGUUUUCAAUUGGUAAAAAUACAGGUUUAGUCGUCGAUAGUGGUUAUGAAGUUACAAAUAUUACUCCAAUUUUCCAAGGAUACGGAAUUAAACAUACAAUGCAAACUCUUAAUAUUGGUGGGAACACAAUUUCAAAGUAUUUAGAAUCUCUUUUAAUGGAUAAUGGUGCAAGUGGUUCUAUUAAUAGUGACACCGUAAACAGCAUUAAAGAGAAGUUAGCAUAUGUAAGCUAUGACUUUAAUACCCACAUGGCCAAUAGUACCCCAAGCUCCUUUACAUUACUCGAUGAUACCAAUGUUGUAUUAGACAAAGAGCUCUUCAACGCUCCAGAAGUUCUUUUCCAACCUGAGUUCUUUGAUAUGGAAACUGAUCCACUUCACAAAAAAAUUUUUAAGGCCAUCAACUCUUCAGAUAUUGAUAUUCGUUAUGAUUUGUACAAUUCAAUUCAUCUUUUUGGUGGCAACUCAUUAAUUCCAGGUUUACCAGAACGUAUCAAAAAAGAAUUAUCUGUUUUAACCUCAUCAGUCACUAAUAUAAAAGUAAAUACUUUACCACACGACCAAGCAAAAUUCUCUAGUUGGAUUGGAGGUUCGAAAUAUUGCCAAAUUUUAACAGAUCAAAAAUUAUGGAUUCCCAAAGAAGAUUAUGAUGAACAUGGUCCUUAUAUUGCCAAAAUAAGAUUAAAUCACUAA